CUGUCAAUUGUCAUUAAACAAUGAAAAGUGUGUCUUCCCAUUAAUUAUAUUUAUAUUUUUAUUUAAGGCAAUCAUAGGUUGCUUUGUUUAUUUUUUUAUGUUUUUAUAUUUGAUAAAUUAAAUAAUAUAAAGUUAUGAUAUCCCGUAAAGGACAAAAAGCUAUUAACGAAGGAGUUGUUGGCAAAUAUGUAAAAAAAGAUACUCCACCAGAUUUACCUAUUAUAAAUGUCUGGACAACGGGUAAUAACAGAAGGCCGCGAAGCCAACCCUUCGGAUCUAAUGAGGGGCAUAUGCAAGGCAUAGAAAACAAAUUUGGUAAAGCCCAAACUGUUAGUGGUCAUGCAGGGAAAUAUACUCCUAGUGAAUCAGUACCAAAUUUGGCUCACAGAUUCGCAAGUCUAUCCACUGGUGAAACAGCUAGCUCUUCAAGCAAUUUCAAUUCUCAAUAUCAUUUAGAUGUACACUUAGCAUCUCACUCAACCCUCAAUGAAAUUGACGAUUCAUUUAGUAGACAGACAAGCCACAGGUACUAUAGACAAACACAGACAGAAGAUCCUAUCUAUCAAAAUCAGCAGCAAGUCCAACAACAAAAACACCAGCAUUACAGUUCAAGAGAGUCAAGUAUUCCACGGAUUUCGUCCAACAUGAGCCUGACUCCUAGACUACAUCCGCCUUCUCCUCACUCUAUCAGAUUACAUUGUAAUGAAUCAUUUCCACCGGCAACACAGUCAUCGCCAAUAUAUUCUAACUAUGUGAACACUCCAGCGCUCCCGGCAAUUCCAUAUCAUAAUAAGGGCAACAUAAUUUCUUCUAGUCAAGGUUCGGAAGAAUGCGAGCUACCUUUGCCACCGGGCUGGUCAGCGGACCGCACGCUGCGUGGUCGUCGUUAUUAUAUGGAUCAUAACACACAGACAACACACUGGACGCAUCCGUUAGAGAGUGUACCGCGUCCCUGGCACCGCGUAUCCACGCCACAUCACGGAGUUUACUAUUUCAAUGAGAUAACUCAUCAGACAACAUAUGUUCAUCCCUGUCUUGUCGGAGGAUGCUACCUUGUUAGUUCACUCGUACCAGCCCUGGUGCCACCUUACUUGUUGGAGGAAAUACCUCACUGGCUGAUUGUGUACUCAAAAGCUGAUCAAGAACUAGAUCACAAGCUACGCUGGAACAUGUUCAGGCUGAGCGAGUUAGACUGUUACUCGGAUAUGCUCACAAGACUGUACAAACAGGAACUGCAGUUGAUUGUCAUGAAAUACGAACAGUACAGGUCGGCCUUGCUACAGGAACUUGAACGUAGAAGACUGGCCAAAUCGUGCCACACUCACUCAAAUUAUUGAUUAUAACAGUGUAAUGCCUUAUGAAACUGUGAUUUUAACAUAAGUUUUUUUUAUAAUAUUGUACAUAAGUAUGCUAUGUAUAUAUUAUCGUUCCUAAAUGUCAUAAGUGCCUUAUUAGUUGCCUUGACAGUAUUAUAUAUAUUUUUUGGCUUUAUCAUCACAUAUGUGAAUAAAUUUUAAUUAUUUUUAUACCCUUUAUACAAUUGUGCGGGAUGCUUCUAUUAAAGUAUUCUUACUUCCCUAUACCUGUCAUAGUAUAAGGCGAGUAUAUUAUACAACAUUAUAAUAAAAUCACUUAGUUAAAGUUCAGAAACUGUUAUUUUAAGCUUAUGUCUACAACAAAAUCAACAGAUAAAUAAAUUAUGUUUCCAAUUCUUCA